CGCUGCUGCGGCGGCGGCGGCGGCGGAGGCCUUGGCGGCGGGUCGGGCUCCUCCAAGAUGGCGGCGGGUUGCUGCGGGGUGAAGAAGCAGAAGCUCUCCAGCUCGCCGCCGUCGGGCAGCUCGGCCGGGCCGGGCAGCGGGGCGGGGGGCAGCGCCCGGUGCUCGGCGGGGGGGGAGCCGGGGGCGCCGCGCCUCAACGGCCUGGCCGGGGGCUCCCCCGGGUGCGCGUUGGCGGGGCCCUCUCCGCCGGGUUGUGGGGCCCCAAUCUCCUCAGCCUCGGCCUCCUCAGCCUCCUCCUCCUCCGCCUCUGCUGCUGUUUCCGCCGCCUCCUCUUCCGCCUCGCCCGGGCCGGGCUGCCGGAAGAUGGUGGUCUCGGCCGAGAUGUGCUGCUUCUGCUUCGACGUGCUCUACUGCCACCUCUACGGAUACCAGCCUCCCAGGAGCCCCCGCUUCACCAACGAGCCCUACCCACUCUUCGUAACGUGGAAGAUUGGCCGAGAGAAACGAUUGCGUGGAUGUAUAGGUACCUUUUCUGCCAUGAACCUGCAUUCAGGACUCAGGGAGUACACGCUUACUAGUGCCCUUAAAGAUAGUCGCUUCCCCCCAAUGACGAGGGACGAGUUGCCACGGCUUUUCUGCUCAGUGUCUCUGCUUACUAAUUUUGAAGAUGUCUGUGAUUACUUAGAUUGGGAGGUGGGUGUACAUGGCAUUAGAAUAGAAUUCAUCAAUGAAAAAGGAUCAAAACGCACCGCCACCUACUUACCGGAGGUUGCAAAGGAGCAAGGAUGGGACCACAUUCAGACCAUAGAUUCCUUAUUGAGGAAAGGAGGCUACAAAGUUCCGAUUACAAACGAUUUCAGGAAAACAAUAAAACUGACCAGGUAUCGUAGCGAGAAGAUGACCCUGAGCUACACGGAGUACCUUGCCCACCGCCAGCACCACCACUUCCAGAACGGCAUCGGGCACAGCCUCCCGCCGUACAACCAUUAUUCCUGACAUUGAGCCGCAUGACCAGUCGUCCCUGGACCUCUCCGCCGACCUCUUCCCAGGAGACCCGACCCCCUCCUGGUCUAGCUAUCUCUAUUACUGUACCAUUUUAUGAUGAUAGUUUCCGUUGCCAUGAUGACGCUUCUCCGCAGCAGGUUAAGUUCACCAUGGCAACGGGUAGAAACGCUGCAUCAUUCACCCUUCAUCCUUUCUUUAAAGAAAAAUUAGUAUUAAGUCACUGUGGGCUUUUUGGGGUUUUUUUGACAGCAUAUACAAA